UCUAAAUAUUAAGUAAAAAUAAAUAAAGCAAGACGCCACUAGAGAACAAAGCAUAGAAUUAGACUCUAUAGAUUCGCCCUUGUCACCAAUACCUGAUCUAGAAAUUUUUUCAGCAUCGGGAUUAAUACAGAUAUUAAUAUUAUAUCAGUGCAUCUUCAAUUAUCACCCAGACAGGUUGAUUUGGUAAGAGUUUAUAAUCGGAGUAACAUAACAUAACCAGCAGAUCAGAUGAUCAAAGUCAUAAUGUAGAACCUUAUAAUAAAAUGUUCCACCACAUCUCUCUGUGUCUCAGUAGAAGAUGAGCCAUAGACCUGACAGCACAGUUGUCCUGUGAACAGAUUGGGUGUUGAAGUGGUGGCAUGUGUGGCACUUCCCCCAGAUGAGUCAACCAUUGUCAUCAAGCCAUCGACUUGGCUUGAUGCUCAAGGUCGGAUCUUCAGCUGUUCCACAAACAAAGAGGGAAUCAUUGUUGAUUUCCAGUCACCAUUCCAUCAUCCAGCUCACCUCUCCACUCAGGUUACAUUUGGUCUUGGACUGUGUCACACCUCUGCAUCUGCUGCUGCUAUGUAUAGAGUGUGCUCUCAGAGUUGCACCAACAGAUACAGAGAGGAGAAUACUGUCUUUGGCAGUUCAACAAGUGGUGCAUGUAGUUGGAUUUCAAAACAGAUUGAACUGCUUUUAAUGAAUGAGCGUUUGGUAGGGAGCUGCAGCAGAAACUAAUGGCGGCCAGCAGCUGCCAGGGGUCCGGACACAGUGAGGCAGCAGACAUGUUGAAGGUCAACGUCAACGGCAAUAUUUUCAGCGUGGACAGAACCGUCAUGGCAGACAACUGUGAGUACUUCAGAGCGUUGUUCCAGUCUGGAAUGAGAGAAUGCCAGCAGGAGGAGGUACACCUGCGAAGCGUUGGCGUUCAGGGAUUCCUGGUGCUGCUGCGGGUGCUGCAGGGGGAGCGGCCCAUGCUCAACGGUGACCAGAUUGUUGAAUCGAUUGAAUGCACGGCUUUUCUCCAGGUACCAGCUCUCACCAAACACAUGAUGAACAUCAUCAGCUCUGAAAACUGUUUGCUUAUGUAUCACACAGCUGCUGUCUACGGGGUAUGGGAGCUGUCCCACCACUCGGCCUUAUUCAUCAGGGACAUGUAUGCUGAUCUGAAGGAGGACAUGCACGCCUUACCCAGGCAGAUGGCGGAGUACGUGGAGUCUGUUUCCCCAAGCAGUUACAUGGCCAUGUGCAGCCACUCUCCAUCCUCAGAGCUGCUGCACAAUGUCCAGAGAACGGUUUGCUAUCUGGAUGAGGAACACAGGAAGUGGAGAACCCUCACUCAGCUGCCACUGAGCACCAGCACCACCAUGGCAGGGGUGGCUGUCCUUGACAACAAACUGUAUAUCAUUGGAGGAGUACAUGAUGUCAGUAAGAGAGUUGUGGAGGCCGGGUUCUGCUACAACCCUACAGAUGACACUUGGUCCACAAUUUGUGGUCCCCAGCAGCUGCGCUACAGCUUCACACUGAUUGGUCUUGAGGGAUGUCUCUAUGCCUUAGGAGGGAAGUUCAACAUGAAGGAUCUGUCAUCGGUGGAGAGACUUCAGACGUCUGAGGGGAGUUGGGGCUUUGUCUCAGCCCUGCCCUGCCAGAUAGCGUCUGUGGUGUCAGCUGUAGCCAUGAACAGGAUCUUCAUCUGUCUCUGGAGAGGGAAGGGGGCCACAGAUGUCCACGAGUACGUCCCAGAGGAUGACCGCUGGCUUUUGGUCACAACACUCAUCCGCCAGCAGAGCUAUGGACUUUACAUGGUGGGCCACAGGGAUAAUCUGUACAUGAUGCGGAACGGACCGGGUGAGGACUUCUUGCUGUGUGUGAUGGACUGCUACAACCUGACCUCAGGUCAGUGGACAGCCAUGUCCGGUCACUAUAGCAACAGCAAAGGCUCUCUGUUCACCGCUGUGGUCAGAGGCGAUUCGGUGUUCACCCUUAGUAGACAUGUUACCACUGAGUACAGGGUGGAGAAGACCCAGUGGAGGAGAAAGCGUGAGAUGGAAGGUUUCGGUCGGGUUGGAUCCAUCUAUACGUUCCAGAUGAGGCUUCCUAAGCACACCGUCUCUCUCAGGGAUAGAUGUUUGGAUCAAACUUCAGAAGAAAGCUUUAGAGACAAACAGAUUGUUCCCCUUCCUUUACAGUGCUCCUAUAACUUCUGAAGGGAAAUUCUGAAGUUGGCUUUUGUGGAGCACUAAUAAGCAGUCAGCAUCUUCCCCAUAGAAGUGAAAAACUUGUUGGAGCAGGAUUGUUCCAGAG